GGAAACACUCGGGGGGAAUCGUAGUUACUGCAUCUCGCUUCGACCAUCAGAAAUGUUGGCAAAAGGUGCUCUGAUAUGGAUUACAGUUCUCUUCACAAUUGCACUCAACACCGUUACUGCUUCACCCCGGUUGGUAUGCUACUACACAAACUGGAGCCACGGUAGACCGAAAGAAUACUCGUAUCGAAUCGAGGAUGUACCAGGAAAUCUCUGCACACACGUAGCAUACACCUUUCUCGGCGUGGAAGAGGCCACAUCGGAGCUUGUGUCGUUGAAACCGGAUUAUGAUAACCUUCAAGAUGGGUUCGGACGAUUCCGAGACCUGAAGGGCCGUUUUCCGCAUCUGAAACUCAUGGUUUCGGUGGGUGGUUGGACUCACGGUGGUAGUGUCUUUAGCAAGAUGGCUUCGACGAGAAGCAGUCGAUUAAAGUUUGCCAUAAGUGUGGUGCACUUCAUGGAAAAAUAUGGCUUGGACGGUUUUGAAAUCGUAUGGCUGUGGCCGGGCGCGACCGAACGUGGCGGCAAACAAGAGGAUAAAGAUAAUUUCUACUAUUUGAUCGAUGAUUUAAAACGCGAAUUUCAGAAAGCUGGCGAAUCUUGGGAGGUAAUUGUGCAAGUCCCGGUUGAUCGUGCUCGACUGGUGGCGGGAUAUCAUCAGGAGUCUCUUUGCCAGGUGUCUGAUUACAUUCAUCUAGCAGGGUAUGACCUUCGUGGUCCGUGGACAAAUGUAGCAGAUGUGCACAGUUCGCUGAAACGCCGCGCUCACGACCAUGACUAUUUCUACACCUUUAACAUUGAAGACGGGGUCGACACGUGGCUAAACAACGGAUGUACACCCAAUCAAAUUGUGCUCGGUCUCCCACUUUACGGUAGAAGUUAUACUUUGAUAUCUUCCGCGGAAACCAGCCCCGGUUCGGGCGUGAUCGGUGCUGGCAAGAUAGGUCCAUUCACCAACGACCCAGGGCUACUGGGGUAUUUCGAGAUUUGUGACCAGCUCAAGGACGGUAAUUGGACGACCGAGUGGGAUUCGAUUGCCGAGAGUCCUUACACACAUCUGGGCGAUCAGUGGAUAGGGUACGAAAACGAGCGAUCUCUCGAGACCAAGACUAGGUGGGCAACGGAGAAAGGGCUUGCCGGUGUUUAUGUCUACACACUAGAUUUGGAUGAUUAUAGAGGAAAAUGUGGGGAAGCGUAUCCUCUCGUCAGAACUCUUCAUAAAUAUCUGGAAAGUUACUCAAAAACGGACGAAGACUUUUCGUUUGCCAUAUUCCGUUCGUAACCUUGCGAUUCUAUAAUUUAGUGAAAUAAAACGGAACAUUCCGCAGUUUUAUUUAACUAAUUACCAAUUAUACCUAUUAUGACACGAUUGUAGGUUAUCGUUAC